AUGGUGAGGAGCAAAGAGGUGCCCAAGAGGCCCAAGGACCCGCUCAUGACACCUCCGUCCAAGCCCAGGGGGUUCAGGGACGACGACGGCGGAAGCCUGCCGAGGAACCGCGGCGGCGCGGCCAUGUCCCCGGCGCCGGCCUCCGUGCCCAACUACAUGCGGGCCACCAGCAGCUCCGGCGCCAAGGCCGGGCGGCGCGGCGCGGGGGCCGUGCCCUCCUCGGCGUCGCCCACGAGCCGGCGGGGGCCUGUGCGGGUGGUGACCAGGGGGAGGGUGCUUUUCCCGACGCCGGAGGUGCCCGGCAUGGUCCGCCCCACGUGCUCCUCCACCAUGAAGGAGGCCAAGUUCCCCGGCGCGCUCGACCUGGCGCCCGGGGCGACCGACGCCCAGGGCCCCGCGGCGAUGCGCGUGUGCCCGUACAACUACUGCUCCCUCAACGGCCACGCGCACUCGCCGGCCGUGCCGCUCCGGAGCUUCCUCGCAUCGCGCCGCCGGCUCAUCAAGACGCAGCAGAGCAUGAAGCACAAGGGCGUCUCGGCGUUCCGCAAGGGAUCCGGCCACCAGAGGCCGGAAGACAAGAAAAGCAGCCCCGUCGUCUCCGCCGCCGUUGCCAAGGCCGCGCCUCUGGUCGACGAGGAGGCGCUGGGCGACUUCUUCGUGGAGGUGUACGCCGGCCCGAGGGUGAGCUCCGACAUGAGCUGCAGCGACAUGUCCCUGGACGAGAUGGACGCCGCGGUGAGGAGGAUGGAGUUCGUCGUCUUCGACCGAUGCGGCGUGGGCGAGGAAGACGAGAAGGGCGGCGAUCCUGCCGCUCGCGGCGACGGCCACGGCGACGGGAGGCCGGAGGAGGAGGACAGGCUAGGUUUCUGCAGGGACAGUUCGUCGGAGUGCAGCGAUGAAGGUGUCCCCGGUCUCAUCUCCGGCAACAUCGUGGAGGAGCUGCCCUGGAUGAGGUACCAGGGGUACGAGUGCGAUAGCCUGUACGACGAUGUUUCAGAAGAACGAGAAAAUGUUCAGGAAGCAGAAGUUUCAGAAGGCAGAUCCCGCGGAUCGGGCGAUAAUCACGAAGAAGAUGCCAAUGAAGAGCAGAAACCGAAAGAUGGGGAGAUCACCGCCGAUCGGCCCCGUGAAACGGGGAUCGCCGCGGAUGAAGAGGGUAUCGUUUGCGGGGUGGAGGUCAGCGAAGACUGGCAGGGAAGAGAUGAAGGCGACGACAUCGCCAACACCAUGGAUCAACAGGAGGCGGCUUCCACAGUGCAAGAGACGCAAUAUCCUGAAGAAGACGAGGAGCGAGUCUCGGAUAUUGCCCACAAAAUGGAGAUCGCCGCGGCGCAAUCAUAUAUUGUUUGUGCAGCGGAGGUCCGCAAUGAGCAGGAAGAAGAAGAAGAAGAAGAUCAAGACAACAUUCAGAGGCAGGUGAUCCAAGGGUAUGUUUCUAUUGAACCAGGCACAUCAGAAGAGAAGCUCUCCAUCUAUGGAUCAGAGAUUCCUGAGACUGAAAUAGCAGAAAGAGAAGAGAAGCUCUCCAUCUAUGGAUCAGAGAUUCCUGAGACUGAAGUAGCAGAAAGAGUGGAAAAUGUCCUCGAGGAGAGCCGGGAAGAGGAGGGUUCAGCAGAUCAGGAGGCAAAGGAUGAUCAGAGCAACGUGGAAUCUACGGGCAACUUGGAGGUUGCAGAGAAGCAGGACAUGCCGGAUGACGGGUCUGAAAUGGAGAUUUCUGAGACUGUCCACAGUGCUGCAUGCGAAGAGGAUUUUGUUCAGGAAGAAUUAGCCUCCAAAGCUGAUUCAGAAGGUGAAAUUUCUGACCCCAGUGCUGUUGCUUCUCCGGACGUUGAAAUGUCCACACCACCAACAGAGGGUGGCUUUGAACAAGAUGAGGACACUGUGGAAGAUGCUUUUGAAGAGUAUCCCUGCAGCGCCGUGAACGACUUGGUUGAUCAAUUUAUCCCUACAGAAGACACAGUGGAUGUCACAGAAGAUGCUCAGAAGGAAAUUGAGAUUACCUCAUGCAAUUUGGAAGCUGCUUCUGAUGAAGCUGGUACUAUCCAAGAAAGCAGCCAGGAAGUCGAUUUGGUAUGUGUUGAUGCUGCUGCUGAAAUCGAACCGCAGCCAGAGAUUACAAAUUGCAAGUCGGAAGAUUCUUCUGAACAAGAGUCUUGUAUUGCCCAAGAAAGCAGCCAAGAUGCUAAGCCUGUAUGUGUUGAUGCUGCUGCUGAAAUGGAACCAGAGAUAGAGGUUGCAAAUUGCAAAGUGGAACAUUCUUUUGAAGAGUCUGGUACUGCCCAAGAAAGCAGCCAAGACGUCAAACCUGCAUGUGUUGAUGCUGCUGCUCAAAUAGAAUCAGAGACUACAAACUGCAACUUGGAAGAUGCUUCUGAAGAAGGUGGUAUCACUGGACAAACUGUUCAGGAUAAUAACUUGGUGUAUGUCGGCGAGGUUGCUCAAGUGCAAUCAGAGGUUGACACAAGCGAGUUGGUAGACACUUCUGAAGAAUCUGGUAUUGCCCAUGAAAUUGGUGAAGAUGAUAACUGUGCAUAUGUCAGUGAUGAUGCUCAAAGUGAUUCUGGGAUCGCCACAUGCGAAUUGGGAAAAGAAUCUGCUGCUGUUCAGGAAGCUGAUCACGAUGACAACUGUACAGACGUCAAUGGUGGUUCUACUAAUGAAUCUGCGCUUACCCCUUGUGAACUGGCAGAGGCUUCUGAAGCAUAUGAUAUUACCCAAGAAGCUAUUCAAGACGAAAACACUUCAGAUGUCAAGGAUGAUGCCCAAAAGGAAUCAGAUAUUAUAGCGUGCGAAUCAGAACAUGCUCGUGAAGAAUCUGAUAUUACCCAAGAAGGGAGCCAAGAAGAUGAUAAGACUCCUGGUGCCGUCACUGAUGCUCUAAUGGAACCGGCGAUUAUCAUGUCCGUGUUGCCAGGUGCUUGUGAAGAAAUUUGUACUACUGAUGAAGCUAAUCUCUCGACAGCUAUCCAGAUACCUGAGCACAACUCUGACUUCUCCGAGCCUCAGAACCUACCAGCAGAAGACGCUGUUGCAAAACAAUUUUCCAUUGACGACAUGUGUGACGUAUUCAGCGGGAUGCACCUCAAAGGUGAAGUGUAUGUUGAUCCUACCGAGUCUGAGAUAUGUCCGAGAAACAGAAUGAUCAUUGCCGGGAGGAGGAGAACACCUGAAGAAGAUGAAUACAUGCGAGGCUUUAACCCAAGGGCACCAAAUUUUCUUCCUCUGGAAUCGGAUCCAGACGCAGAGAAGGUUGAUCUGAAGCAUCAGACGGCGGAAGACCGCAAGAAUGCCGAGGAGUGGAUGAUCGACUACGCGCUUCGGAGGGCGGUGAACAAUCUAGGCCCUGCUCGAAAGAAGAAGGUGGAGCUUCUGGUUCAGGCCUUUGAGACUGUCCUACCGCAGGACGAGAAGAAGAAUAUUUCACCUACAAGGCCUGCCCAAGCUUGCAACUGAUAAUUCUAGAGUUAGUGGUUGAACUAAUCGUGAUAUUGACGACUCGCGAGCUACUAACUCGGUGGUCGCUGCAAUAUUAGUGCCAGAGACCCGCUCCAAGUUGGAUGAGAAUAACUACUUACUUACUAGUCACCGGAGAUCGAUCGAUCGCUUGCUAGAGAUCUUUCUCUGGUUAAGGUAACAUGGAGAGGGUAAACUACUCACUGACGAAGAGUUUCCUGUCUAGUCUAGUUGCUGAGCUGCAAAGGAGUGGCUCAACAGCCGAGUUAUGUAUAUAUAUGUAUGUCUCAUAGUCCUGAUGCUUGGUAUUUAUGUAUACUGAUAUUUGUGUGAGUUGCGGAAAAUGUCAAGGGUGCUGAGCUGCUGCAUGGCCUUGCCUGAAAUUAGCCAAUAAAUCUCUUCUCAGAGUGCAUGUAUCCUGUGGGAAGUGAUAGUUAUCGUAUAUGUAUACUGCUUGUGUCAUGUUCAAAUGUUGAGAAUUCUCAUUCGUCCAA